AAAAAAAAAAAAAAAAAAAAAAAAAAAAAAAAGUGGAUUUUUUUUUCUUUGUUUGUUUGUUCUUCUUUAUCUCUUUUCGUUAGAUUAUGACUUCUCCAGAUAUUGUUUAUGCUAUUCAUGAUUUUGAAGCUACAAAUGACGAUGAAGUAAAUUUACAAUAUGGUGAACCUAUUGUUAUUUUGGAAAAAGAUGACAAAUAUCUUGAUGGCUGGUGGCACGGUCGUAAUAUGCAAGGAGAAACUGGACUUUUCCCAAUGAAUUAUACUUCAUCUGAAAAACCUAUACCCAAUCAUCGUUUAUCGUCUUAUGGAGAUGAAUCUUUUCAACAUCGUAUGUCUUCUGGAACAAGUAGCGCCAGUAGUUCUUCUGAUAACUUUUGUGUCAAUACACAACAAGAGAUACCUACAGAUACCAACAAUGAAGUCUUUGGUGUGAGUAAUCCAGAUCCCUUUUAUUGGAAUGUAGAAGAUGUUGUGACUUGGUUAGAAUCUGUAGGCCUAGAAGUCGUUGUAGACAAUUUUAUAGACCAGGAAAUUACAGGAGAUGUAUUAUUAGAUCUUGAUCAUGAAGCAUUAAAAGAAUUAGGUAUUACAGCCUACGGUAGACGUUAUAAAGUGAUAAAUGCUAUCAAUAAUUUAAAAUCUUCCAUGUCUCAGCAAACAAUACUAAACAAUAGACAUUCAACAAAUAGCUUUGUUCUCGGUCGAUAUGCAUCAUUGACUGAUAAUUAUUUGAAUAAAACCAAUACUAUCUCCUCUUUAAAAACAACGGUUUCAUCUUCUGCAGCACCUAAAUCAGUGCAUCCUGCCAACUUGGGCCAUAAAGAUUCAUUUUAUCGAUCUUCAUUAUCACCUAGAGUGACGACAGGAAGCGAUCACUUUGAUGGCUUAUUAAACAGUAAACGAUCUACUAUUGAUGCCUCUUCUAUGUCUCAUUCGAUCCUUUCUGAUACAAGAACACCUUCUCGUCCUGCAUCUACUAUUAUCUCUAAUAACAUUCUUCAUCCACAACAACAACAACAAGAUACCACCGCUCAACAGUCUUUCCCUGAAUUUGAAGGUUGGCUCUAUAAACAAAGUGAUCGUUAUAAAACUUGGAAUAAACGUUGGUUUGUCCUUUAUGGUAACAACUUGUUUUAUUUCAAAAACCCAAGGGAUUCUAAAAUGAAAGGCAUUAUUCAUUUACAUGGUUAUCGUGUUAUAUUAGAAGUUUCUAGUAGCAGUAAUAGUAGUAGUAGUAGUAUUAAUAUAAAUAAUAAUAAUAUGAACAAGAAAUGUUAUUUCAAAUUACAUCAUGAUUUUGAAAGAACAUUUUUCUUUUAUACAACACCUUCAGAAAUAAAGCAAUGGAUACAAGUAUUAAUGAAGGCUACUAUUAAACGUGAUUUAUGUGUUCCUGUUGUAUCUUCAAGUACAGUGAAUACAGUGUCUUUGGAGGUAGCUCAGAAGAUGAAACCAAGACCUCCUUCUGCUUUAAUGUAUAACUCUGUAAAUAAAGCAAAGGAAGCAAACAAACUAUAUCGUGAAACUAUCAAGAACGAUGUAGUGAAUAAUACCUUGGAAGAAGAAGAAUUAAUAUUAGAAGAAUGUUUAUUGUAAACAGAAAUAUGCUUAUAUAUAUUAAUAUUAUAUUUUUUCUUUUUUUUUCUUUUCUUUUCUUUUUUGUAAAUAGUUUAAAUUAUUAUUAUAUAAAGUAUAAAGCUUGG